AUGUUCGAGAAUUCCACCGAGGAUGCGGACGAGUGGUACGAUCCAGGGGCUGACUUCGCAUCCCCGGGCGACGUGGAGGCGCUCCGCGCCAGGUUCCGCCGGGAAUGCCCGCCCCUCGACGACGCCCGCUGCGGGGAUCUCCGCCCCGGCGACAAGCUCUGCCUCGCCUGCUAUAUCCGCGGCGACGUCGAGGAGCUCAAGUACUACGACGCCGUCCUCGAAACCGUAAAGAGGGUAGCGCACGGCGUGGAGCAGUGCGCGUGCCGUUUCACGGUCCGCUGGACGGAGGGGCCGCGCAGCGGUUGCUUGGACAAGGUCGGCAUCGACGUGGUCUGCUGCGUGCCGGAGUCACCGAUCCAAGAUCCGGUGCUGGGCGAGUUCCUGGACGACCUGACAAAGAGGUUCGCCGAGGACCAAGGGACGGCGACGGCAGCGUCCCAGCAGGCAGACCCGACCCCGAUGAGCGAGGAGGAAUUGUGCGGAGUACUUCUUUCACUGAAGAGGGCUCCACAAAGUUCGACCUGAGAAUCGUGAAGAGGGGGUAUUGUAUCGGAUAGGUUGAUAUCUACAUGCUUGCUCAAUAAGAGAAAGUGUCCACCGAAAACUCAGUUUCAUUGAAACAUGGAAACCGAAACUUGUGCCUUUUGAUCACAAACCUUUGGUCCAGAUUAGUCUACAUGUUUCUCAGAAUAUGCAACCUACUUCUCGGUGGGCAUUGUGCACAAAACUCCUUUUUAUUUGUACCUCUACUGAAAUGAAUCCAUUAAAGUUGGCAC